CACAGCGCGAUAACUUCCGUGUUGACCCACGUUUUUUAGCAAGGAGGAUAAAACAGCUCUUCUCCGUUAUAACGUGCUUUUUUAAAGAUACAAGAUGAGACCAUUAACCGACGAAGAGACAAAAACGAUGUUUGAGAAGCUAUCGAAAUACAUAGGUGAAAACAUAAAACUACUGGUGGACAGACCUGACGGAGCCUACUGUUUCAGACUGCACAAUGACCGUGUGUACUACAUGAGUGAAAAAAUUCUUAAGUUGGCCACAAACAUCUCCCGGGACAAGCUCGUGUCGGUGGGAACGUGUUUUGGAAAGUUUACAAAGACUAACAAGUUCCGCCUGCAUAUCACAGCUCUGGAUUUUCUUGCACCUUAUGCAAAGUUUAAGGUGUGGGUGAAGCCUGGAACAGAACAGUCUUUUCUUUAUGGGAACCACGUGCUGAAAUCUGGGCUUGGGAGAAUCACUGAGAACACUGAACAGUACCAGGGAGUUGUUGUCUACUCCAUGGCAGAUGUGCCUCUGGGUUUUGGAGUUGCAGCCAAAACUACACAGGAGUGCCGGCGAGUGGACCCCCUGUCCAUUGUGGUCUUCCACCAGGCUGAUGUAGGAGAGUUCAUUAGGAAUGAAGACACAUUAACAUAAAGAUGCAUCAACUGGACUAUCAAAUCCCUCUGUUUUAUUUACAACUUUUAAAAUAAACAAGUCAUUGAAAUUCAGAACCGGAUGAGGAGCUUUUCACAUUUGAAUGGCUGCAUUUAAAGUCUGGUUUCAUUGGCUCCUCAUGCUUUGAAAUCAAGCUAGGGACUGGAAAAAAACUUAAACAUGACAGGAUACUGCUAGAACACCACGAAGCAUUUCUUUGUGACAGCCUCUUUCUAAGACCACCCUGAUUUUGAGUUAAUUUAUCAGAAGGAUAAAUGCUUUUUUUUGUCUUUAAAUGCCAAAUAAACUCAUGUCUUUGUA